AUGAUCCUAAAAGGAUCCCUAGCAAACUACUGGACGACUAAGCCUUCUAGUUCUUUCUCUUGGCUAGCGAACAAGCUCCUCAAGCUAAAGGAAACUGUGUUCCCCCUCAUCAAACUACAGCUUCAGAAUGACCAUUCUGCUUGUUUCUGGUUCGACAACUGGACUCCGUUUGGGAGUCUUUACUCGUUUCUGAAUGGAUCAACCUCCUGCUUGGGUAUCCCUCUAAAGGCAACUGUUGGAUCACUUGUUACCAACAGCAUAUGGUCCCUUCCUCCUGCAAGAUCAGACGAACAAUUGCAAUUACAAACUUUCUUAACUACGGUACAAUUGACUGAGGGAGAGGAUCAUUAUGAUUGGGAAAUUAAUGGGACCAAAUCAUCAAGGUUCCAGACAUGGAAGAUCUACACUUACCUAAGACCAGAACUAGCAAAGGUCCGCUGGGAAGGAGUUGUAUGGACAAAGCGGGGGAUCACAAGGCAUAACUUUCACAUCAGGUUGGUAGUCCAAGACAGGAUUCCUACGCGGGAUCGCCUCAUCAGAUGGGGUUUGCAAGUAAGCUCGGUGUGUCUCCUUUGUAAUGCAGCAGACGAAUUGCGAGAUCACCUCUUCCAAGAAUGCUCAUUCAUCUUUGAUGUGUGGGCUCUACUACAAGAUGACUCUGAUUACAACCACUGA